AAACCAGCAUGUUGAAAGAUGCUCAUUUGACGACAUAACUUUCACCUGGGUCAGGCAGUGUUUGAGAGGAGGACGGACUUGAAUUGUCAACUGAUGGGGGGAAAAAAAGCCUGUGUAUUUAAACAGCUAUAGUUUAAUCUAAUGAAAACAGGUGGCCCUCUUCAUUUAGACAGACUCUCCAUUCGGACAAACGAGGUUAGAGCGGGAGUUUGAAACAAGAUGAAGAUUGUACUGGUCGUGGCUCUCAUCCUGCUUUAUGUCUGGCUUCAGAAUGCCCACAGGUCUGACGUCAACCAACAAGGAAGUGUUUGUGAUCAGGCUCUUCCUCUGGCCAUUUCCAGGCUCCUCUUCUCCCCUCUCUCGGUCUACUCCUGGCUGGUCUCUGUGAUGGUUGAACUCCUCUUCUCCCCUCUCUCUGUCUACUCCUGGCUGGUCUCUGUGAUGGUUAAACUCCUCUUCUCCUCUCUGACCCUCAUCUCCUCCUCCCUGUAUUACACCGUCCUGCUCCUGCUUGCCGGGCCCUGCUGUAUCGCCACCUUGUCUCUGUCUGUGCUAGUGUCCUGUCUCCGUGUAGUUAUCUAUAUGGUUCACCUAGUGUUGGUGCUCUGUGCUUUGGCAGUGCUCGCCAUCAUGACUCCACACAAAAUGGCCGACGUGAACGGACCCAAAAUGGCCGACGUGAACGGACCCAAAAUGGCCGACGUGAACGGACCCAAAAUGACCGCCGGUGCCACUGCUCGUGACCAAACGUUCUACGACCAACUGAAACUGCAGCUCCGAGACUCGGACAAAUCUGGGAUCAGUGUUGGGUCGUAAAGGCUUCACAGCGAGGCCGAGGGCAUCGUGUUAAGUCUGAAAUACAGUUGAUCAGUGUUUUUAUUUGUUAAAGAAUAAACUCCCUUCCUUUGUAUCCUUUAGUCUGUUUGGUGAACUUUAGUCCCCAUCAUUUAAUAAAGUGAAUUUUAAACUGUU